UCGAGCGCUGAACAAAAUCAGACCGCACGUCACAAUAUUUAGUAGCAAUUGCUCAUCUGCGCAGCCGUGCCCUCCCCACCUCCGUGCACCUUCUCGGCCCCCUCCUAGCGCCCCCAUCCUCCCGCCGCCUUUGGUGUCUCUUCGUCUUAGAUCCCCCAUUCCCCGUCACUCGUUAGUCGAGCGCGUCACCGCCAUGCCCGCACCCGGCAUGGGCGGCUUCCGCGACCUCGCUCCGCGCGCAAUGGGGAGGUGGCUCCGGGGCACGAUGGCGCCAUGGCGGCGAGCGGCGGUGGAGGAACCUUGAACCGAUUGUCAGGCAGUGGCAGCGGGGGAAACCUAAACCGUCUAUCAAACGACACUGUAACGGGGAUGAUGACGUCAACAUCGUCCCCGCCUCGGUACCGCCCCAACGCAGCUGCAGGCGGGCCGGCGUUUUUGGGGUCGCCGGCCAUGAGCGACGCCAUGGGCAUGGGGGGAGGCAUGGGACCGCCCAUGGCGGGCGCGAUGGGGGGGCCGAUGGGGGCCAGCGGCAGAAGCGGCGGGGCAGCAGCGCGCGGUACUACUACCAGUUGGUGGCGGUGGUGCGGCAGAACCUGCCUUAUUUGGUGAUCGCGCUGCUGCUGGCCGUCAUCGCGCUCAUGCGCACGCCCGC